AUGCAGCUUCCUCUCUUGAUCAAGAUGCUUCCUCUCUUGAUCAAGGUGCUUCCUCUCUUCAUCAAAGUGCUUCCUCUCUUCAACAAAGUGCUUCCUCUCUUGAUCAAGAUGCUUCCUCUCUUCAUCAAGGUGCUUCCUCUCUUCAACAAAGUGCUUCCUCUCUUCAUCAAAGUGCUUCCUCUCUUUGAUCAAGGUGCUUCCUCUCUUCAACAAAGUGAUUCCUCUCUUGAUCAAGAUGCUUCCUCUCUUGAUCAAGAUGCUUCCUCUCUCUUCAUCAAGUGCUUCCCUCUCUUCAUCAAAGUGCUUCCUCUCUUCAACAAAGUGCUUCCUCUCUUGAUCAAGAUGCUUCCUCUCUUCAUCAAGGUGCUUCCUCUCUUCAACAAAUGCACUUCUCUCUCAGUCAAAGUGCUUCCUUCUUCGUGA